CCCUUCAUAUUAGUUUCUGCCAUUGGGAUUCAUGUCUCGUUCACUUCUCCUUCUCCCCCACCGUCAUCUAAAGAGAAGGUGGUGCCCUCGUUAUUCGAAUUCAUCAUUGGAUGGUGUUUGAAACUUCGCGGUUUGGAGUUGAUGAAGGUGGGUCGCUCCUCAACAUCCGAGUCGGUCAUUGACUUUAUUAAUUUGUGGAUAAUAUAAUAGAUCGGCGCGUGGGGGGUAUCGUCUGCUGAAGUGGCUAACAUCUUGGCCAUGUAUAUAGCGCCCUCGCACGAUAUGGAGGGCAUCAAUGGUGCUAGAGCUGUGCAGCUUUUGCGCGUUCUUCGCCCUACACCGAUCACCCCCACAUUCCUUGUCGCCAGUAUUGCCAUCGCGAUUGGUGGUGCACUAAGGCUUUAUUGUAUGGCAAUGUUAGGAAAGCUUUGGAGCUUCCAGCUCAGCAUCAGAAAAGAGCAUAAACUUGUGACAAGCGGACCGUACUCGGUGGUGCGCCACCCAAGUUACACCGGUCUCCUUCUCCAAAGUGCUGGGAUCGCUGUCAUGUACGGAAGUCAAGAAUCGUGGAUGAGACAGUCUGGGAUUUUACCAGUGCCUUUCGUUGAAGUGUUAGUGACUGGCGCUUUAUUGUUUACCGCAUUCAGCGUUUGGACCUCCCUCAGCCGACCUGCAGUGGAGGACCAGAUGUUGCAGCGCGCUCUGGGAGAAGACUGGGAGAAUUGGGCAAAGAAAGUGAGGUACCGGCUUGUUCCUGGGGUCUAUUGAUUACAUACAUUAUACCAGUCGCUAUGCGCGUAUCUCUUUGUUGGAAAACAACCGGUCAACACAGUACAUGAUUUUCUUUCUAUUCAACUUAGACACUCCUUUUACUAUGCCAAGCGGAUUUAACAUAUUAAACAAACGGUGAUUGUAAACGCACCAAGCAGAGAUAUACCUGCUUGCCCCACUUCGACAACACAAAGACGGCUUGGACGCUGAGUGAGGUUGAGAGCGGUAAAUUAAGGACAUUCGGCUGAUGAGUAUAUUUAACAUGAACUCAAAGGCAUUGUGGGAUGUGAUUCGGCUUCGCUGUCAAUGUUGAGUUGAGAUCAGAAGGAAAGUGAGGAAAGGCGAACAGCGAGGAAUGUGUCUGGAUGGAACGCCGAAAGCCUUGAAGCUUUGAGCUUGCGGAAGU